GACAACUGUCUGUUCUUGCUAGUAUUAGCUGAAAUCUGGUAAAUGACUAAGGCAGAACAAAGCAAGCUAAAGAAGCUAAGUGAAGAUAGUUUAACUAAGCAGCCUGAAGAAGUCUUUGAUGUCUUAGAGAAGCUUGGUGAAGGGUCUUAUGGUAGUGUGUUUAAAGCAAUACACAAGGAAUCUGGACAAGUCGUGGCAAUUAAACAAGUCCCUGUUGAAUCAGAUCUUCAGGAAAUAAUUAAAGAAAUUUCUAUAAUGCAGCAGUGUGACAGUCCCUAUGUUGUCAAGUACUAUGGCAGCUACUUUAAGAACACAGAUCUCUGGAUUGUUAUGGAAUAUUGCGGAGCUGGCUCUGUCUCGGACAUAAUUAGAUUACGGAAUAAAACAUUAACAGAAGAUGAAAUUGCAACCAUUCUUAAGUCUACACUUAAAGGACUUGAAUAUUUACACUUCAUGAGGAAAAUACACCGAGAUAUAAAAGCAGGAAACAUCCUCCUUAAUACUGAGGGGCAUGCAAAAUUAGCUGAUUUUGGAGUGGCUGGCCAGUUAACUGAUACAAUGGCAAAACGAAAUACUGUUAUAGGAACUCCAUUUUGGAUGGCUCCUGAGGUAAUACAAGAAAUUGGUUAUAACUGUGUGGCAGACAUCUGGUCUCUUGGUAUCACUUCAAUAGAAAUGGCUGAAGGAAAACCUCCAUAUGCUGACAUACAUCCAAUGAGAGCUAUUUUUAUGAUUCCCACAAAUCCACCUCCAACAUUCCGGAAGCCGGAGCUGUGGUCUGAUGAGUUCACUGAUUUUGUGAAGAAAUGUUUAGUGAAGAAUCCGGAGCAGAGAGCUACUGCAACACAACUCCUACAGCACACAUUUAUUAAGAAUGCCAAGCCAGUCUCAAUUUUGAGAGACCUGAUCACAGAAGCUAUGGAGAUCAAGGCAAAACGACAUGAGGAACAGCAGAGGGAACUGGAAGAAGAAGAAGAAAAUUCGGAUGAAGAUGAGCUGGAUUCUCACACCAUGGUGAAGACUAGUUCAGAGAGUGCUGGCACCAUGAGGGCUACAAGUACAAUGAGUGAAGGUGCUCAGACAAUGAUUGAGCAUAACAGUACCAUGUUAGAAUCGGACUUGGGCACUAUGGUGAUAAAUAGUGAUGAGGAUGAAGAGGAAGAUGGGACCAUGAAAAGAAAUGCUACUUCACCACAAGUACAAAGACCUUCCUUCAUGGACUACUUUGAUAAACAAGAUUCCAAGAAUAAAAGUCCUGAAAACUGUAACCAGAACAUGCACGAACCCUACCACAUAUCCAAAAAUGUUUUUCCUGAUAACUGGAAAGUCCCUCAAGAUGGAGACUUUGAUUUUCUCUGCAGUCUGUGGUGUAUGGGUGAUGGAUGGAAUCAGGGCUGCGCUUAUCCAUAGAAGUUGCAGGCAUUUACCUCUGCACCUUUCCUCACAAA